AAAUGCAGCAUUCCUGAAGGUUUUUGUCUCCCCUUGCCUGUUCUCCUUACGCGGUGUCAGCAUUCUUCACCUUCUACUCUCUUGAGUCUUCUUGAGAUCUGUAAAGAAGCCCAUUUGAACUGAGCAUCUUUCUAUCGAUCCACUGGUACAUCUUUCCUCGUAUAUCUCACCAUUGCAUAUCACUAUUCUUGCGCGCGAUCAACUUGAGCAACUUUUAAUUCGCAUCCGGUACUCCCCCACAUCCCGAUAUACAGACUAAAUCAUCACUCCAUCGCAGUCAACCUCAUCGAGCGCAAUAAAGACGCCCUCUAGCUAAAGAAAUCCUCGAGUCGCAAGGCAUUUAAUUCAGCUGCACAUCUCAAACAUCAAGCUUUCCUUCUUGUUAUCAGUCUAGUCCAACCCGUCAUGACAGCUAGCGAGCCAGUAUCUCCUCCCAGGCAACGUAAGACUGAGCCUGCCAGACCAUCUGAUCAAGAACCCCGCACCCGCCCUCCCAAAGGCCGAAACUCGGGCGCUCGCGAUGAAAUUGAAGAUCCAAAGAAGAUAGGACCUUGGAAGAUUGGAAGAAUCAUUGGAAAAGGCUCGUCUGGAAGGGUGAAGAUUGCCAAGCAUCGCGUUACUGGGCAGUAUGCGGCGGUUAAGAUUGUUCCGAAGCAUAUGUUACUCAGUAGCCGGAUGAGUGUCAACGAAGCAGGAGCGAAAGCUGACAAGAUGCUCCUCGGAAUUGAGCGAGAAAUUGUGAUCAUGAAACUGAUUGAGCAUCCUAACGUUAUGCGUCUCUAUGAUGUUUGGGAGACUGGAAGUGAACUAUAUCUUAUCAUGGAAUUUGUCGAGGGCGGUGAGCUCUUCGACUACUUGGUCAAUCGGGGCAAGCUUCAUGAAGACGAAGCUCUUCAUUACUUUCAGCAAAUCAUUUGUGGUGUUGACUAUUGUCACCGAUUCAACAUAUGUCAUCGAGACCUGAAGCCCGAGAAUCUGCUUCUAGAUAAUCAGCGUAACAUCAAGAUCGCAGACUUUGGGAUGGCCGCGCUCGAAGCUUCAGAUAAACUACUCGAAACUUCAUGCGGUUCUCCACACUACGCGUCUCCUGAGAUCGUGUCGGGCUUGACAUAUCACGGUUCAUCAUCUGACAUCUGGUCUUGUGGUGUGAUCUUAUUCGCGCUGCUUAUAGGCCGAUUGCCUUUUGACGACGAAAACGUCGGCUUGUUGCUUAACAAAGUGCGCGUUGGGAAAUUUUACAUGCCCCCUGAACUCAGCCGUGACGCCCAAUCCUUGAUCCGAGGUAUGCUGACGGUGAACCCCGAGAGAAGAAUGACUAUGGACGAGAUUAAAUCUCAUCCAUGGUUCACUCGGCUCGCUCCUCGACCUCAGCCUGAUUAUAUCGCCCCUCCGACUCCUGAUCAGAUCACCAAAGCAGUUGGUACAGCCAGCGAGCUGGACUAUGAUAUCGUCUCCAAUUUACAGACUUUGUGGUUUGGGGCUAGCGAAGAAUCAAUCGUCAAAGCUUUGAUCUCAGACGAGUUGAGUGACUUUAUCGAUAUCCCUCUACUAUCUCCUUUCUCAGAUUCGCGUACUGACACUCUUAAUCAUCACAGGAAAUGCUGGGAGAAAGUAUUUUAUUUCCUCCUGGCGAAAUAUCGACAACGGCAUCUUGAAAACUUCAAUGAUGAAGAUUCCCCCGAACCAACUGCCGUCAAGGAGAAACCUCCCAAGCCGAAGACUAAACGUCCGCCCCGUGAGCACGUCGUGAAGACCGGCGCUGUCAGGAGUAGAUCUCGCCAGUCAAUUGUGAGUCUCACUCGGCGAGCCGCACAUCAGGGGAAUACGGCUCCAAGUCCGAAGGAGAGUGUCUCUGGAAGCCCUAGACACGUGGUUACUCGUCCCGCCCCAGCGGCACCCAAAAUGACACCCCGAAUCAUUGAAGAAGAGGCUGAUGUUUCCCCUAGCGGAUCGGAAACUCCUCGCAAACCCAAUCAAGCCAGCGAUACUGCCAGCUAUCCAUUGGCUUCAAAAUCAUCUAGGCCUCUUCCUCAACCUCCUCAAAAGCCUCUUCAGAGUGGCGCUGACGUAGACGCUGUGUAUCUUGCCAACACUACAACUCCUGCUCGAGGAACCGCUCAUCCUAGGGUAGGAGCAGUACCCCAAAUUCUCCUUCAAGAAGCCACUCCAUCUCCAGCGCCGAGGGCGCGUGCAUCAAUUAUCAAAAGAACAGAAGCUGUUGAAGCCACCACCCCUCCAUCACCAUCCCCAAAGUCACCCAGAUCACCAACCCCGUCAAUCAAGAUACCUCAAACGGGCGAUGCGGCAAUGCAAAGAUUCUUCCAUGAUAUUGUUGAUCAACUCCAGACGAUGUCCAUGCGCUCACCUAACUUACAUGAGGGAGCCUUGGGUGGUUCUGCACCGAACUCUCCCUACGCAGAGAGUCCAAAUUCUGAACAGGGUGACAAUCAAUUCGAAGACGCCUAUGAAGACGAAGACGAAGACGAAGAGGGUCACGAUCAAGCUAGAAGCAAUCUCUCUGGUUCAUACAGCGCAGAGUCUCAGCGUAAUUCAGAUGGAACCGCUUCCUCUGAGUUUGUACUUGUUGCGGACCCAUCGAUUGUGCCGACGGUCUCUGGUAAAAAAUCCAAACCUAAACCACUUUCGAUUCUCAGACCCUCCAGGAAUUCAAACUCUCGGGCUCAAACUAGAUCAUUAGCUAAGCAGCAAGUCAAGGCCCAAUUGCUUUCUCACAAGAGCUCUCAAGAGAUGGGUUAUAGCGAUCAUUCCUCUACACGGAGAGUCUCCUCACAAGGCUCUGGUAGUCGGAUUGUUGGUACAAAUGAUAAGGAAAACUUGCGUACAUCCAUGCCUGGCGAUGGUUCAACAGGCUCUUGGGGGAAUAAAGGAAAAGGUAGAGAAAUGCCCGGUCUAGCGAUCCAGUCGCCUCCUGUGGACAUGCCUGGCGCGUUUGAAACAACCAAUCCGAAUUCGAGAAAGAGCAGGAAGUCCUUUCGAAGAGGCAAGGAUUCUCUGUCACCUGGCCCCCCCUCACCGCUUUCCCCUGCCUCAUCGGUCUUCACCGAUGAGGGGAAUCCAUCCAGCCCCAGGGUAUCAUGGUUUGCUAAUCUGUUUUCUUGGAAAGCUGUGACUUAUCAAUUGAUGUCAGUUGAUAAUUGCACGGCUACGCGUGUUGAAGCGAGAAGGGUCUUAGAACAGCUCAGCUGUGUGAUUGCUGUUGAGAAUUCUGACGGUGCUGCGGUGCUGCGAUGUCGAUAUGAAGAUCGAUCGGGAGGGACUGCUCGCUCUUCGGUGAAAUUUAAAGUCGAAUUUGUUUCCCAAAGUCCAAGUGGAAGUGGGACUCCCACUGGCAUUGUCUCACCAAAGGUUGAAGCCCAGCUCAGAAAUGGCUAUGCUACAGCUAUGACACUUUCACUCGAAAAGGGAAAUGCAGCCACUUUCAAACUGGUUUGCAACGGACUUCGGAGGUUAUGGGAGUUGGAUAUUCCCAACACCCAGCCGGUUGGUCUAGGUGUCCAUAUGAUUCCUACUCCGAUUCACUCACCCGUUGUUUGAUUCAAAAAGAACACCCUAUGUGUCACUUCUGGUCGAUGAUGUACUCAUACUGUACAAAGCAAUCGAAGACGUCUCGCAAGAGAUAAGUGCAAAAACAUUACAAUUAUUACAAACUUAUUUCCUGCUAUCUUCCUUAAUUACUCCUGAAUCUAUUCAAUUCCUGGGUGAUGAUUCUUGUGUCUGUUUAAUAUCUUUCUGAUUCAUACCAAUCUUUUCUGUUAUGAUUCAAUUUCGGACGUUUCUCUUUCUUUAUCUCUCUUAUUCACUUUUAUGUAUCAUAACAUUAAUAUGAGGACCCAACAACGUAAAUUUUUAUCCUUCAAUCUUUGCCAAUAAUUUGAACUUAUUUUUCGACCCC